GCAUGCAGCUCUGCUUCCAGUGUCCACCAUCUUGGCCGAAGUUGCCACAAAAGUAAAAUCGUGACGAAUAAAACUACCCGAUCUCGCAAAAAAUAAGUGUUGACUAUUGUGGAAAAAACACAGAGCGAAAGGCCGCCAAAAAAGCAGGAGAGGAUUGCACUCCAGCUGGUCAAGUUCGAAGAUUACGAUUCCGAUUCCAGCGGAGCGACAGAGAGAGACAGAGCGCGUGGAAGGAGGUGCGGAGCGGAUUGAGGGAACGGGAGUGGGAGUGGAAAGAGGAGCUGACAAGAAGAAGGAGCUGUCAGCCGGAAAAAAAGCGACUGUCAAAUCGGUCACAAACCAUCAAUUCCCACAGGGACCUACUUACCUACCGCAUUACAUCCCAGAACCCAGAAGAUGAACGCCAAGCGUAUCAAGUACUCCACGGUUAAGGAGGAAAUCGUGCCCGUGCUCAUCCAGCACGAUCCCGAGGUGGAGGAAGAGGAGACCGAGGAUCAGGAGCACGAGCACGAGGACGACGGCCAGGAGACGCAGUACACGUAUGCCUACACAACCACCGAAGACGAUGACACCGAGACCGCGGUGGUGACCCUCAGCGAUCGGGAGCAUGAGGCUCUGGCCAAUGCCCAGGAGGUCAUCAUCGACGAGAAUGGUCAUGCGGUGACGCUGCAGCAGCUGGUGGAGAACAGCACCGUCGAGGAGGUGGAGACCAUCGAACAGGGCGACGGCACCCACACCAUCCUCCACAUAGUACCCAAUAUCCAUGGCGAAGAGGACGAGGAGCCCGAGGAGGAGGAAGAACUGGAAGAAGGCGAGGAACUCGACCACGACGAUGAUGAAAUCGUGACCGUAGAGCACGAGGAGGGCGAGGUGGACGAGGAAGACGACGAAGUCGGCUCCAUUGUCUUCGAGGGCACCAUCGACCAGGCCGAACAGGAUCCGCAUGCCCGCAACAAGACCUUCUAUUGCCCCAAUUGCGGCAACUGCUACAGUGCCGCUGGCUCCCUGAAGCUCCACAUGCGCGCCUGCCUGCGUCAAAGGAACGAGGUGUCCGCCGAGGAUCGCAAGUGCAAAGUUUGCAGCAAGGUUUUCAACUCGGUGGCCUACUUGAAGGAGCACAUUAUGCGGCAUACGGGCGAGCAGCCGUUUCGCUGCACUCGAUGCUACCGGAAGUUCGUGGACGAGGGCAAGUACGCCGCCCACAUGGAGUCGCACAAGCAUCAGGAUAAGCUGGAGGCCGAGGCGGUCGCCCUGGCCGCCCAACAUGGCGGCAAGAAGGUGGUGGUCAAGGAGUUCCAGUGCGCCUUCUGCACCCAAAACUUCACGGUGGUCUUCGAUGUGGGCCAGGUGAAGCGCCGCUACGCCUGCGAUGCCUGCCGCGACAAGUACUCCAAUGCGGAGGCACUGCGUCAGCACAAGCAGCAGGUGGAGGAGAAGCGAGAAUUUAGCUGCGAGCGCUGCGGCCGGAAGUUCGUCUUCGAGGGCUUCCUGCAGAGGCAUUUGCCCAACUGCGAUGGCAGCAUUAAGCGACGUCGGGACAUGAAGUAGAGGCGGCCGCAACGUGAUGGCAACUGGCGGCGACGGCAGCAGCUGCCGGCGGAUGAGGACGAGCAGCCGGAGGAGAUGGAGUCGUCGCCGCCAGUGCGUUACGUUGUUAUCAAGCAGGAGCAGGAGGAUGAGGAUCAAUAGGAUCAGUAAAAUGAGGAGAAUCGGCAAAAGAAGCAGGAUGAUGAUCAGGAGGAGGAUCAAGAUUCGCCGCCAGGACCACUUAAAUCAUAACAAGAAGGAGCAGCUGCUGGCCAUCUAUAGACACACAAAACACCACACACUUACACACGCUUCUUUUUGGGGCCUCAACGUCAUCUUCCUUCAAUUCCAAAGGAGAGCGUUUUUUUUGUUUACCUAUAUGCAUACCCACACUAUUAUUAUGAUUUUUGCCCAGAUGGCUUUAAAAGAUGGGAGUUGCAUUAGAUGAGAUGAUCAGAUGAUCAAACGAUCAGGAGGACGUUGGACACACACGGAUGGCGAUGAUGGCCAAUGUAUAGAUAUAUAUUACUUACUUUUAAUUACGACUACUUAAUGAUAGAGCCCCAAAACACCCGCUAUUGUGUAAUAACCCCAAACCGAAAUGCUGGCACACAAACGCGCGUCAAAUCGAUGUUGAAUUCAAUAAAACACUAAAUCAAGAAAUUUAGCAAGCGAUUAUUUCGCCCCUUUUCCAGUUUCAGAAGAUUUCUCGAUUGGUAUUUUGUACCAAUGACGAUAUUGUUUUAAAUUAUGGAAAUAAUUACCUAAUUGUGUCUAUUUGCUAUUCAAAAACUACUUUGUAAAACGUUCUUAAUUAUAUUGCAAUCAUCUUUCUAUUAUUAUAUCUUGAAAAUAUAUAAAUGAAAUUGUUUUUCAAAUUUUA